UUUUUGGUUUAAAUCCAAAAAUAAAGUUUAAAAAUAAAUCAUAAGCGGCGACUCCAAAGCAUUUUCGCGAUCCUACGCAAAUCUUGUUCAUCCUCUUCGAAUUCAGAUCAAUUCGUCACUCAACUUUUAGGUGAAUUUUGGCCUUUUUAUUAAUAUAAGAUGCAAGCUACACAUUUAGGUAUCAUCAAAGGAAACGUGAGUUUACAUGUUCAAUACCACACAGUUGAUCGAGGUUUGAGUCAACUCAGAAACAGACCAAAUUCGGUCUGCAUGAGUCACAGUGAAAGGUCUUCUUGUUUCGGGUUGCGGUUCGGGUCGGGUCCUAUGGGCCUCGAGCUCGGCGGUGUAGGUACCGCCGGUGGAAGUGUGUUCCGAUCAUCUGCAAAGUCGAGAUCAGUCAAGGCCCAAGUUUCUGAUGAAGAUCUUGAAGACAAUGCUCCUCUCAAGAGCCCAUCAAAAUCAUCUGGUUCAGUUUUGCCAUAUGUUGGUGUAGCUAGUCUUGGAGCCAUAUUGUUUGGAUAUCAUUUAGGUGUAGUAAAUGGUGCACUUGAGUACCUUGCAAAAGAUCUUGGUAUUGUGGAAAACACUGUUCUACAAGGAUGGGUUGUAAGCACACUUCUUGCUGGUGCUACUGUUGGUUCAUUUACUGGAGGAUCACUUGCAGACCAUUUUGGAAGAACAAAAACAUUCAUAUUGGAUGCUAUUCCUCUUACAAUUGGAUCAAUUCUUUGUGCCACAGCAACAAAUGUAGAAACAUUGAUAUUAGGUCGCUUGCUUUGUGGCAUUGGAAUUGGCAUAUCAUCUGCUAUAGUCCCUCUGUAUAUAUCUGAGAUUUCACCAACAGAAAUCAGGGGUACACUUGGAUCAAUCAAUCAGUUAUUUAUUUGCAUUGGGAUUCUUGCAGCUUUGGUGGCUGGAUUACCCUUAGCUGGAAACCCUUUAUGGUGGAGAACAAUGUUUGGCCUUUCUGUUAUCCCCUCUGUUCUAUUAGCACUUGGAAUGGCUUUUUCUCCAGAGAGUCCCCGUUGGCUUGUUCAGCAAAGAAAAAUCUCCCAAGCUGAGGUGGCAAUUAAAAAACUAUAUGGAAAAAACAAGGUAACAGAGGUUAUAGCUGAUUUAACUGAAUCAAGUCAAGGCUCUGAAGAACAAGAUGCUGGUUGGUUUGACCUUUUUAGUCACCGAUAUUUUAAAGUUGUCAGUGUUGGAGCCAUGCUUUUCUUGUUUCAACAAUUGGCUGGAAUAAACGCUGUUGUCUAUUAUUCCACUUCAGUUUUCCGUAAUGCAGGAGUUGCAUCUGACGUGGCAGCAAGUGCUCUAGUGGGGGCCGCAAAUGUUUUCGGCACAGUGAUUGCAUCUUCUUUGAUGGACAAAAAAGGGCGAAAAAGUCUUCUUAUCACAAGCUUUACUGGAAUGGCUGCUUCAAUGCUCUUGCUCUCCUUAUCCUUCUCUUGGAAAGCCCUCGCACCAUAUUCCGGUCCACUUUCUGUUAUUGGAACUGUCUUAUACGUGUUAUCAUUUUCACUUGGUGCGGGACCAGUCCCUGCUCUUUUACUACCGGAGAUUUUUGCGUCUAGAAUAAGAGCAAAAGCAGUUGCUUUGUCACUAGGCAUGCAUUGGAUAUCGAACUUCUUUAUCGGGUUGUGUUUCUUGAGUGUGAUGACUAAAUUUGGGAUAAGCAAAGUAUACCUUGGAUUUGCCACCAUUUGUCUUCUUGCUGUUGUGUACAUAUCAUCUAAUGUUGUUGAAACAAAGGGAAGGUCGUUGGAGGACAUUGAACGUGAACUUAGCCCAGCCAUAUGAUGGUGCAGGUUUUUGACGCGAUUGAUCAGAGUAUUACACAAGUAGUUUCCAUGUUAAAAUGCAAUGGGUGAAUAUGCUUAAAAUGUGCAUCAAUUUAUUUUUUGAAUCAAGUUUUGUGUAGCUCUCAUUUAAAUUUUCAUGAAACUUUAGUUUUUAUAAAACUGUAGAGUCUAUGUAAUAAUGUUUAGAUAUAUUAGUUAUCUAUAGAGCUAAAUGAGAUGGACAAAAAAACAUUUAAAGAAUGAUAUAUUUUGACACUAAUAUGUUUUAACA